AUGCAAAACCGCGGGUGCGGCAAGACAUGCCAGUUCACCGACUGUGCCUUCGUCAGCACGGUCCGCAACCCAUGCGGAUGCCCGUCAUCGAUACCCACGGCGACUUUAAUCGCCCCUUGCGAAGCCGACUGUCCAUACGGCGGAUGCAGCAUCGAGUUCAAGACAAGUGCUUUAACAUGCCCUGCAAACACCACCUCUUCAAGCACCUCCUCCCGCCGCUGGCCACCAUGGCAAACCCGAACUUCAACUACCACAACCACCACCUCGCCGCCGCCCAGACCCACCAGCACAAAGACUAUCGUGCGUAGCACAAGCACAUCAACCACGCGUGCUACAUCCACCUCUUACACGCAAACCACCAUCAGCUGGAGUAUCAUCACGCUCCCACCAAAGCCCACCAAAACGUCGACAACGCCAUGUCCCACGCCGGUCGACGUUGAACGUGCCGUGCGGAUGUACCGUCAAGACGCUGUUGUACGUUCAGGGGUGUACCACGACGUGUUCGGAGGGGUGCUUGACACGCACCGAGACGGCCAGCGCGACGGGCUAACGGCUCUCUCUUGUAGAUGCCCUCAAGACCCACAGGCGGGAUCAAUUUAUAGGUACAGCUUGAGCCCUUUCGCCAGUCUAAGAAUGUACCCACGGAUUGCACUCCUAGCCGUCCCAUUCGUCCUCUACUCCCAGCCUCAUGGUGUUUUCGAAGAUCCGGAUAGCAGCGUCGAUACGCUUUCUCAGACGAGAGAAGAAGCUCACAGGCGAUACAGCGAGAUCUUCCGGGAUAUCGAAGCCAUGAUCGAUGACCAUAUUGCCCACCAAAACAAUGCCGAAAAUCCAUUCCCAUCCAAGCUCAAGCUCCUGGUUCCCGGUAUCGGACCCUUCUUCACGCGGUUGCCGCUCGAAGCGGCCUUCAAGUUUCAGGACAACAAGCGCCAUAUCUCAUCACGCCGCUUUGUGUCGCCGUCUUUCAACGACAUCCGCUUGAUCCUCAACUCGGCCCAGAUAAUGGCGGUGACGACUUACGGAACUCUUCAGCUCGCUACUUUUGAUGGUGACGUGACACUUUACGACGAUGGCCAGAGCUUGGAACCAACCAGUCCUGUGAUUCCUCGACUACUAGACCUUCUCCGCAAAAACGUCAAAAUUGGCAUCGUCACCGCAGCAGGCUACACCACCGCCGACCGCUACUACGCACGCCUGCACGGACUAUUGGACGCCAUGGCCAACAGCGCCGACCUGACCCCUUCGCAAAAGCAGUCUCUGGUCGUCAUGGGUGGCGAAGCCAAUUAUCUCUUCGAGUUCGACUCGUCCUCGCCUGACCUCCUGACGCUCGUCCCGCGUUCGCGCUGGCUAACCCCCGAGAUGGACAAAUGGGAGGAUAAGGACAUCACCGACCUCCUGGACGUAGCAGAGUCCACCCUGGGCGACUGCAUCAAGACGCUCAACCUGCCCGCCACGCUUAUGCGCAAAGACCGCGCCGUCGGCAUCAUCCCUGUUUCACCGGAGAUUCGCAUCCCGCGCGAGAGCCUGGAGGAGACGGUUUUGCUUGUUCAGAAGGCCCUCGAGCUCAGUCCCGUGGGCCGGAGCAGGAGAGUGCCAUUUUGUGCCUUCAAUGGUGGAAGGGACGUGUUUGUUGACAUUGGCGACAAGAGCUGGGGUGUUACGGUUUGUCAAAGGUGGUUCUCGCAGAAGGAACCCUCGGGUCCUCAAGGGAUCAUCAAGGCUGAGAAUACCCUGCAUGUGGGCGACCAGUUCCUUAGUGCGGGCGCGAACGAUUUCAGGGCAAGAAGCGUGGGUACGACAGCGUGGAUUGCGAGUCCCGCGGAGACGGUGGAGUUGCUGGAUGAGUUGGCGGAGUUGAUGGGGAAGAAGAUGUCUUGA